AUGCGAACACAAUCAAGCGGAGUUUCACUCCUCCUCUCCACAUUCCUAUCAAGCCUGGCAUCCGCGUCGGGCUUCGACUGCGCGCACAUCAAGCUCGACAAUUACAAAUACGAUCUCAGUCCCCUAAAAGGCGUCCAUGAGCUGACUCACAGCGUCACGACGGAUGACUUCGUCACGAAUACAACCUACCGAUUGAAUAUUUGCAAUAUUCUCGGGGGUUCUGCCCGGUACGGCGAUGCGACGUGCGGGACUAGCAAAAACGUCUGCGGAUUCGUGCACCGAAUAGCUAAGGACGGAAAUGGCGGCUCUUCGUUCGGUUUCCCGAUCGUCGGCCUCGAUCCCGUUGGCCAAGGCUCCAAGAACCCCGAACUGAAGCGAUUGAAGGAUAUCGACCCCGAGACCGAGGGACUGCGCGUGAAGUUGGAAGGCGGCUCAUACAAGGGAGAUGGAAAUGACCAGAAGGCUAAGAAGGCAGGCGCUAUCAUUGAGUUCCAGUGCGACCACGAGCGAUCUGGACUAGAAGGACUGCAAACGCUUGAAGCGGACCCAGAAACGAAAGAGCGACGACGGAGAGCGGAGGGUGAGGAAGGUGGUACGCCGGCAGGCAACAGCAGCAGUAGUCUGCAGUUCAAGAGCUUUGGUCUGUCAGAUGAUGAUACCUACAUCCUGAGACUGGAUUGGCGCACAAAGUACGCCUGCGACGAGUACGAGAAGGAGAAGGGCGAUACUCCCAGCUCUAACAGCUGGGGUUUCUUCACCUGGUUGAUUAUCAUUGCCUUCCUCUGCAUCGCUGCCUACCUCAUCUUCGGCUCCUGGCUCAACUACAACCGCUACGGCGCCCGUGGCUGGGAUCUCCUCCCCCACGGCGACACGAUCCGCGAUAUUCCCUACCUCUUCCAGGACUGGCUCCGUCGGGUGGUCAAUACUCUGCAAGGAGCGGGCUCGCGGGGUGGUUACAGUGCGGUAUGA